GUGGUCGCUAUCAUCUGCUACUCGCCCGCCCUGCGCACGCCCAUGUUCGUGCUGGUGGGCAGCCUGGCCACGGCUGACCUCCUGGCCGGCCUCGGGCUCAUCCUCAACUUCGUGUUCCAGUACGUGAUCCGCUCGGAGACGGUCAGCCUGCUCACCGUGGGUUUCCUGGUCGCCUCCUUCGCCGCCUCCGUGAGUAGCUUGCUCGCCAUCAAUUCCCUCUACAACGCCCUCACCUACUACUCGGAGAGGACGGUGCUGUGCAUCCACACCAUGCUGGCGGGUGCCUGGGGGGUGUCCCUCUGCCUGGGGCUGCUGCCCGUCCUGGGCUGGAACUGUCUCCACGAUCGCACCGCCUGCAGCGUCGUCAGACCCUUGACCAAGAGUAACAUGACUCUGCUCUCUGCCUCUUUUUUCCUCAUCUUCCUCAUCAUGCUCCAUCUCUACAUCGAGAUCUGCAAGAUCAUCUGCCGGCAUGCCCACCAGAUAGCCCUCCAGCAGCACUUUCUGACUGCUUCCCACUAUGUUGCCACCAAAAAAGGAGUCUCUACCCUGGCUAUAAUCCUGGGGACGUUUGGAGCCAGCUGGCUGCCUUUUGCCAUCUACUGCGUGGUGGGGGACCCUGACUACCCUUCUGUGUACACGUACGCCACGCUUCUACCCGCUACCUACAACUCCAUGAUCAACCCCAUCAUUUAUGCCUACAGAAACCAGGAAAUCCAGAGGUCCAUGUGGGUGCUCUUCUGUGGCUGCUUUCAGGCUAAAGUGUCCUUUCGUUCCCGGUCCCCCAGUGAUGUCUGA